UUCUUGCUUUCCUUCUAUUUUUCGGCUCAACAAAACCCAGAAGAGGCGUAUAGCCAAAACUAAACGUUAUUAGGGAAGAGAAAACGGGUAGAUUUAUGAUGUUGGUGCAGAGAAUCGCUUUUGUCUCUACUGCUUCAAGAUGUGCUUCUGCUUCUCCUUGUUCUUCUCUGCUUGAAGACGGUACCACUAACAGACCCACUAGCCUUUUUUCUUUCUUCACAAAUUAUCCAAUUGCUUUUGCUUCGAUUGCUUCCCUUCAUUCUCAAACGUCUUGUUCUGCUACUAGCAUCAGUGCUAGUAGAAUAUCCAAAAAAGCAAAAAGAUAUGCUCAGGCCCAGUUCUUGAAAUCUGUGAGGGAACAAUGUAAGUAUGGUAGGCUGACUAAUUUUAACGAUGCCCUCAGCAUAUUCGAUCAAUUACUUCAAAUGGGUUCCCGGCCGUCUAUCGUGGAUUUCAAUCAGAUUUUAGGUAAAAUUGCGCACAUGAAGCGUUUUUCGGCCGUGAUAUCUUUAUAUAAGCAAAUGGGCUUGGGAGGAAUUAUGCCUGAUGUUUGUACUUUGAACAUUGUGACCAAUUGUUUUUGCAACUUGAACCGCUCGGAUUUUGCGUUUUCCUUACUGGGUAAGAUUUUGAAACUUGGGUAUGAGCCGGGUUGUAGGACUUUCACUACUCUGAUUAAUGGGUUUUGUAUUGAUGGAAAAAUAGUGAAAGCGGUGGAGUUGUUCAAUGCAAUGGUGGAGAUGGAGUAUUGGCCAGAUAUGGUUACUUAUGGGACGAUAACAAAUGGGUUGUGCAAAAUGGGUGAUACUAGUGCGGCUAUUGGGAUGCUUAGGAAGAUGGAAGAAGGAGGUUGUAAGCCUGAUAAAGUUGUAUAUAGCGCUAUCAUUGAUCGUCUAUGCAAGGAUGGGAAAGUUAUUCAGGGUUUGAAUCUAUUGUUAGAAAUGAUAGGUAAAGGUAUUUCCAUAGAUGUUGUCAGCUGUAAUUCCUUGAUUCAUGGGCUAUGCAAUUCGUAUCAGUGGGAGGAAGUUUCAGGUUUUUUGAAGGAAAUGGAGAGUAGGGACGUUGUACCAGAUCUAAGAAUUAUAUGUAUGCUGACAGAGAUGCUUUGUAAAGAAGGAAUGACUGUUGAACCAAAAUGUGUGAUUGAAGUAAUGAUUCAGAGAGGUUUGGAGCCCGAUAUAGUCACUUAUAGCACACUCAUGGAUGCAUACUGUAUGCGGGAUCAGAUUGAUGAGGCCAGAAAAGUCUAUGAUGUGAUGGUUGAGAGGGGUUGCCAUCCCGAUGCUUGUUGCUAUAACAUCUUGAUCAAAGGAUAUUGCAGGAGUAGAAGAGUGGAUGAGGCCAUGAUUCUUAUUGAAGAAAUGUCUGUUAGGAGGCUGGUUCCUGAUUCUGUAACUUACAACACUCUUAUUGGUGGCAUGUGCCUUGUUGGGAGACUUAAAGCUGCACAAGAGCUUCUUAAUGAUAUGGAAGCUCAUGGUAAGAUUCCAGAUAUCUUUAGUUACUCCACAUUGCUGGAUAAGCUAUGCAAAAAUCAAGAUAUUGAUGAGGCUAUGAAACUUUUCAAAGAAAUUGAAAGUAAUAGGAUGGAUUCUGACAUUGUGAUUUACAGUGUAUUCAUUGAUGGUAUGUGCAAAGCUGGGAAACUCAAACUUGCAAGGGGAAUAUUUUCUGGUCUCUCGAAAAAAGGUUUAAAACCCAAUGUUAGGACCUAUACUUCAAUGAUUGAUGGACUUUGUAUGGAAGGAUUAUUGGAUGAAGCAAGGGAGUUACUCAAAAGAAUGGAUGAAAGUGACUGCCCACCAAAUAGUUUCACCUAUAAUGCAAUUAUCCGAGGAUGUCUAAGAAACAAAGAGACAUCAAGGGCAAUAGAACUUCUUCAAGUAAUGGCUGAGAGGGGUUUCACAACAGAUUCUUACACUAAUAGCAUGUUAGUAGAUUUGCUGUCUACCGAUGGUCUACAACCUUCCUCUCUUGAAAAGCCUUAGAGUUAUGUAUGAAGGCUAUUCCUGGUAUUGAACAUGAAGUUGAAGCAUCGUGCGAAAGUUGGCAGUGCAGUAAUCUUAAUGGAUUACUUUUAUGUGAAGCAGUAGCAGGUUGCUUUUUACUCCCUAGAAGUGUCAUCUUCACAAUCUGCUGCAUGAAAAAUACCUAGGGCUUUAUCUCAAAGAUUAGGGAUACCUUAAAAAGUAUGAUUUUAUGGAAAAGCCUUGGAAAUCUUCUAGAUAAAAAAUGUUCAGGAACUUAGCUUGGAGUUUCAGCAUCAAUGAUCAAACUAAUUAGGGUAAAAGGAGCUUCAAGCACUCAGGUAAAUAUUAAUUUAGCAACACUUUCAGAGACACAUGAUAAGUUGGUGAAAGCAGUACAUCAAAGCUUCAUGGGUCUUCUUGGACCAUGGUUAUGAUCCAAUGACCUUGCGGAUAUUCCAUCCAUAAUAACAGAAGGAAACUAUAAUUUUGAAUCUAUUUUGGUAUAUAAAUGUUCUUCACUCUGACAUGUAUAUUUGUAACAUAUUUACAUUAUAGCUUUUGGUUUGUGAUAUAAUCUAUAGCUUUUAGCUUUUAUUAAAUAGCCUGAUAUGUAAUCUACUGAUUAAAAAAAAAAAAAAAAAACUGAUGCAAACUCUACAUUAUUUAUGCCUCCCUUCUGACCAUCACUAAUUCAGGCUCAAUAUAUUUUCUUUCACUGUCACUGAUAAAAAAAAUAUAUAUUUUCUUCCACUGUUGUCAAGUGAAGUGUAUCACCCUUUCUAAAGCUGUAAAAACCGAUUUUAGCCUUCAUUCCCCUCUCUCAUUAUUCUGCUGUUAACCUAUCCAAAAAUAAAAAAAAUAAUGAAAUAAAAAUAAAAAAUAAAAAACCUCGCUUGACCAUUUUUUCUCUCAGUUUUCUAUGCUAGCUUCUUUGUUAAUAAUUUAGAUUUGGAUUAAAGAACUUAAUUGAUGUCAACCAGACUGCAGUUGGAGAAAGCUUGAUAUUUCUUCAAAAUUUCGCUUUGAAAACCACCAUUCUCAGUUGAUCUUUUAUUUUAUUUUUACUUAUACUGUUUAUGUGGUGUUCUGUGUUGUAUAGUUUUUUUUUAAUGUAUUUCUUGUUGACUUAAGUUAUUUUGGUAUCUAAUGAUGUGGUCAGAAUAGCCGCUUCCACUUGGGCUUUGGAUAGCUGAAUUCACUUUCAAUGCUCGAACUCCAGAACUAAGCUCAAGCAUUCUCACUUCUGAUAUCUCCUGGUCCUGUCACCAAAAACCUUCCCCCAUUGACAGAACGUUCCACCAUCAACACUUGGAAAAGCAUCUUUCAAGGUGUAGUAAGCUUAUAUGAAGACUAUUUUAAAAAACUUAGAUUCAUGCCAUAAACUUAUGCUAUUUUUUGCAAUUACGAGGAAAUGGCCUUAAUAACCUGAAUUGAAGUGGUUCAUCAAUGGAGAUAUAUCAAGUUCAGGCAGAAGUUACAGAAGGUCAUUAGAAGUUUCAUGAGGCUAGUGUCUUUUUUUCCUUUUUUCUUAUGUAGUAGCAAUUAUAUUAAAGUCAAUAAAUACAAAUGGUGCGGUAGGAGAACCUGACAAUCACUCCAAAGCAGCUAGCCCAAAGUGAGGUAAUAAUCAAUCAUAAAUCAGGAAAUGACUCCAAAUAAAUCAGGCCAAUUCCAUGUUUCUUGGUGUUACAUAGAGGUCUUACUACUAGGGUGGAUUUUGAAAGUUUACUAAUGGACUGCUGUGGGGUGCAAUCUGUAGAAGCCCGAUUGAAGCAGUUAUUGUUGAACUUUAGUCCAACAUUGUCGGUAGGAGCUCAAAGCUCCUAGCAAAAACACACAAAAAGUAGAGAUUCUGUGAACCAUCCUCUAUAAGGAACUGGAUCUAGCACUGAUGAGGAUAUGGUGGAGCCGGACACCAGAGGUUCUCAGCAAGACACAUAGUCACGCAGAGUUUGGUGGAUUGGCGCAAAUAUGAGCUCCGAAUUCCUUGAAAAUACAAGUGAAAAAAGAAAAACUAACAGUAAAUUAAAGGAAAAGAGGUGUUUGAGAAGAGGGAAAUUCUCUAUGGGUGGCAGUAGGCUGCAAAAUGUCCAGAAGGUGUGGCACAUGGGGUUCACGUGGAUGAGUGUUAUUCUCACGUGUUCAGAAAAUGGGAAAAGUGGUGGACAAAGAAUCAGUUUGCUGACGCAUUGGCCACACUAGCAUCCAUGAUCAGUUGAAAGACACUUGUGUGUUGAAGGUGGUUGGAUAAGUUGGUGCCUUUUCCAUCUGGUGAAACUGAUGAUGAUACUUUAGCCAGUGGAACACCAAGCUCAUCAAGCAAGCUCUCAAGAGCACCUGUCUACUUGAGGGAAGGUGUGAAUCCUUUCUUCUUUGAAUAACAAUCUGGAAUGCGACGUGGCAUACCCGAAAGCCGUAAGAAUGGUUGGUCAGCCACAGAAGAACAUGCUGAUGGAGAGAGAGAGAGAGGAGAGCUGAUAGAUAUAGAAGAAGAAGGGAGGGCUAGUUGGUUGAAACAGGGGGAGGGCUCUGCCCAAAUGGACCUCAUGGGUAGACUGGGUGCUGCUGGUUUUUGGUUGGGAAAGAAUCCUUGAAGCCGUGUUCUUUUGAAGUUACAAGUCUAGCCUUUGCCUCACUGAGGUGAAAGAAACAUAAACCUCAUUUAUCUACUGUAAUGGCUCUCUCUUUUAGAAAAGUUAUAGAAGAAUUUUUUGUGGGUAAGUUUCUGAAGAAGCAGUAGGAAGCAGUAGAAGUAUGAAGAAAUUGUGGGCUUAACGGCUAUUUGAAGAUUAACGGUUAUUUGAAGAUUGAAAUGGUGCGUUUAAGUUUUAAGAAGUGAAACGGCUACUUGAAGCGGUGCGUUGCGUUUAAUGAUACGGCGCGUUUUGGCAAUUGUAAAUAGUCGUUGUUUUUAGUUGAUUAGUUGUAUUAAACGGCUGCGUUUUAGUGUGUAGCCUUAGUAUAAAUAACAGGCUCUUGUAAAUGGAAGGGAACUAGAAAAUUUACGAAUUGACUUUCAUUGUUUGUAAGGAGUUUGGAGAUUACUCGAAAAUCUCUCUUAGGGAAUCAAAAGUCGAUUUCUUG